AGAUAACAGAAGAGGGAAACAACAAUUUUCACCAUUACACCUUGUUUUCUCCACGCAGAGAAGGAAUUAUAUCAGCAUCUCCUGAGUUUUGGUUUGGAAACAUAAAAAUCAAGUGUUAAAAAAAAUGGUUGAUUAGCUUCUUUUGUGCAUGUAUUUAUCUCUAUUGUGAACUAAUCAAGUCUGCCACAAUGCUCUCAAAGAAGGAGAAAGAGCUCAUAGCAGAAAUAUGGGGAAAACUGCUGCCUGUGGCUGAAGAUAUUGGGUCAGAUGCUCUUCUUAGGAUGUUUUCCUCUUACCCAGGUACAAAAACGUACUUUUCCCAUCUAGACAUCAGUGCUCGCUCCUCUCACCUGCUCUCUCACGGGAAGAAGAUUGUUGAGGCCAUAGCAGAGGGGGCCCAAGACAUCAGCCAGCUGGCCGUCAACCUGGGUCCCCUUCAAACGCUGCACGCCUACCAACUCCGGAUAGACCCGUCCAACUUCAAGCUCUUCUCACACUGUAUGCUCGUCACGUUGGCCUGUCACAUGGGCGACGACUUCACACCGGUUGCACACGCAGCAAUGGACAAGUACCUGUCAGCUUUUGCAGCCAUGCUCGCCUUGAAAUACAGAUGAGACCCAGCCACGUGUCUUUAGGAAGUAUAUGAAACAUUUUUGAUGCUAUAUGAUGUGAAAUAUUAAAUAUGUGUGGUUGUUAUAAUGCAGUGUUUUGUUAUAAUAAAAUGUGCAAUUAACACAUGUUGUAUGACCAUA